CCGAGAGCAGGGCAACGGGGGCGGGGAGCCAAAGGGGCGGGCCGGCCAUGUCCCACGGGACCUACUACGAGUGUGAGCCCCGGGGCGGCCAGCAGCCACUCGAGUUUUCAGGAGGCCGAGCAGGGCCCGGGGAGCUGGGGGACAUGUGUGAGCAGGAGGCCUCCAUCGACCUCUCUGCCUACAUCGAGUCUGGCGAGGAGCAGCUCCUCUCGGACCUCUUUGCUGUGAAGCCAGCGCCUGAGACCAGAGGUCUUAAGGGCCCCGGAAACCCUGCCUUCCCCCACUACCUGCCGCCUGACCCACGACCCUUCGCCUACCCCACACACACCUUCGGCCCAGACAGGAAGGCGUUGGGGCCUGGCAUCUACAGCAGUCCGGGGAGCUACGACCCAAGGGCUGUAGCCGUGAAGGAGGAGCCUCGGGGGCCAGAGGGCAGCCGAGGUGCCAGCCGCGGCAGCUACAAUCCCCUGCAGUACCAAGUGGCACACUGUGGACAGACGGCCAUGCACCUGCCCCCAGCUCUGGCUGCACCCAGCCAGCCCCUGCGCGUCCUCAAGGCCCCUCUGGCCGCUGCCGCAGCCCCCUGCAGCCCCCUCCUCAAGGCACCCUCCCCAGCUGGCCCCUCGCACAAGGGCAAGAAGGCUGUGAACAAGGACAGCCUGGAGUACCGGCUGCGGCGGGAGCGCAACAACAUCGCCGUGCGCAAAAGCCGGGACAAGGCCAAGCGGCGCAUUCUGGAGACGCAGCAGAAGGUGCUGGAGUACAUGGCAGAGAAUGAGCGCCUCCGCAGCCGCGUGGAGCAGCUCACCCAGGAGCUGGACACCCUUCGCAACCUCUUCCGCCAGAUCCCUGAGGCUGCCAACCUCAUCAAGGGCGUGGGGGGCUGCAGCUGAGCCCCACUGGUGGGACUGUGGGUCCCAGCCCUCCUGACCUGGUCUGACCCGGGGGACCCCCACCUGCUGGGGCCCGAGAGCUCCUCACAGGCCCAGCGAGAGACACAGACCAUGGACAAAUGACAGCGGGGUGGCAAGGGAGUGGCCCCAGCAUAAUGAUUCUGUGGCUGAAUAAAAUUGCACCGUGAUCUA